AUGUUCUGUGUGGACCGUAUCCCUUGGGAUACGCUGACCUAUAUCACUGGUGAAAUUACAUAUGGCGGCCGAGUGACUGAUAUUUGGGACCAGAGAUGUCUUCGAACAAUACUGAAAACAUUCUUUGAGGCUCACACUCUUGAACCUGAUUAUAAAUUUUCUCCAUCAGGUACUUAUUAUGCCCCUGAAUUGGAUACUCUAGAGAAUUACAGACAUUACAUCGAAGGCUUACCCACUGUAGACCCUCCAGAAAUAUUUGGUAUGCAUGAAAAUGCUAACAUUUCUUACCAGAGGCAAGAGACAAUGUCUCUGGUUUCAACAGUACUGGACAUUCAGCCAAGAGUAUCCAGUGGAGGUAAUGGCCGAUCAAAUGAUGAUAUCGUUUAUGAGCUGGCAGAUUCAAUUUUAGAAAAACUCAUGGAAAAAUUGGACAUUGAACAUGCUCAUGCCGAACUGUUCAAGACCAUUUUGUCAUUGUUAGAUGUGUUGUCUGAAGACGUUCAUAAUUGUUUUUGUUUCUUCUUUUUAAAGUUGGAUGACAAAGGGCGUACAAAUUCUUUGACAACAGUCCUUAUACAAGAAGUGGAUCGCUUCAACAAGCUUCUGCAAAUAAUCAAAGAAUCCCUCCAUCAACUGAAAAAUGCGAUCAAAGGCUUUGUCGUUAUGAGCGAUGAACUUGAACGUGUCUACAUAUCUUUCCUCAACAACCAGGUUCCUGGUAUGUGGACAACUGCUGCUUACCCCUCACUUAAGCCACUGGCCAGUUGGGUACAAGACUUGACCUUACGGUGUGCCUUCAUCAAUUACUGGAUCAAGCUGGGAGCCCCACUCUCUUUCUGGAUCUCUGGUUUCUUUUUCCCACAAGGUUUUUUAACAGGUAUCCUGCAAAACCAUGCCCGGAAAUACAAUUUACCAAUUGACCGCCUCACUUUCACAUUCCACAUUCUGCCUUACUUCCGGGAACAGACAGAAUACAUCAGAUCUCUGGCAGACUUAAGUUUUGGACAAAAGGCAGAAAUGGACAAAGAAAUGGAAGUCCCAAACGAUGGUGUCUAUGUGCAUGGAUUAUUUAUGGAUGGAUUCCAAUGGGACAAUGUGAACAUGAUGGUCACUGAUGCUAAAUCAGGAGAAAUGAACUCUGUAUUACCCAUAAUGCACAUGAAACCGGAAAUGGAUCUUCAACAAAAUUCUGAAUCAUAUUGUUGCCCACUUUACAAGACAGCCCUCAGGGCAGGUACAUUAUCAACCACAGGUCACUCAACCAACUUUGUUAUCAGUGUUGAGCUUCCAUCCUCAAAAUCUCAAGAUUACUGGGUAGCCAAAGGAGCUGCUUUGAUCUGUCAAUUAAGUGAAUGA